AUGGUUUUCCCCUUUGAGAAACUCCCUGCGAUCACUCAAAUCGAGAAGAUCGCCCAGAUCUUCGACGAGGGCGGAGUUAAGCACAUCGUGUGGACUGGAUCCAUACUUCGGCUAUACGGGGUGGAAGAUACCCAGCUGGGCGUGCCGCACUACAUCGAGUUCGUCGUCGAGAACGCCUCUAUGGCCCGCGCAGUCCAGCUGCUCUACGAGAAGAGCUUCAGUCGCAGUUUGAACCAGAUGUGCGGCCGAUCGGGUGGUCUUCAUGAUGGGGGAACUGAAAUCGUGCAAUUAUCCACCGGCGGAGAGCCGCAUUUGGAUCUGUACCUGCACACAUGCUCCAAAGUCUUCGGGUCCCGUGUAGUCCCUGACGACGAGGAUGAGAUAUGGAUGAAUGAGGACCAAUGGGAGCUCCCCAAGUUCGUGUUGACGAAGCUUAGAAUGCUAAAGCCGGUGUACUAUAUCAAGAUGCACCUAGUGCAAUGGGCCCGGCGCUGGUGUUUGGGGCCGGGAGAAAGCUAUCACUGGUUUAUGGGCGCGCGCGUCCUGGACCAUCUGAUCUCGAGGAAGCUCAAACCGGGGGUCAUCGGCUACGAGUCUCUGGACCAUCACUUGGAUGGAGUCUGGCGCGCGGUGCACGCUCGGGAGCCUUUCAAGGAUCUUGAGGUCUAUGUGCAGCGCAUGGCGCAGGCUUUGGACAAAGCAGGCAUCCUCGUACCCUUGCCCACCUCUCAGUGGCCGGAGCAAUUGGUUCGCGACAUCUACGAUGGUGAUAUUCCGGAUUACAGUGCUUUCGCUGGGGGAUCCAUGGCGGCCUCCUUUGGCGAUAGUUUCCAUCCCACAAUCGCCGAUUCUUCGGCUGCGAGUAGUUUUGCAGCGACCAGUGACAACUCCAGCACGCCUGUGACUGAGGACGAGGUGCCAACGCACCUGAGGGCCGUGGCAAGCCCUCCUGCUCCGGACUCAGAUAAUGCGGCGGUUCUUCAGGUCCCUGGCACUCCGGAAGCUGAGUCGACUGCCAAAACUGACAUCGCUAAAAAAGAGGACGAUUCCUUGAUUCCUGGAACACCUGAAGAAGAGCUUCCUGUGAAGAUCAACGUCCUUGGUUCAUCUUCGAGCAGCCCUAAAGCCACCGCAGAUCCCGAAACCGAUGUCCAUAGCUCUGAUGCACCAGAAGAGCAAGAGGCUUAUCCCAUCCUCCCUGCCAGCGUCUCGUUUGGUUCUCUCCCAGAAACAGUCGCUGACCCAGACUCCGAGCCAGGGUCCCCAAUGGCUACAGAGGAAGAUGAGCCUGAGCAAUAUUCUGCGGGCUCCUCUAUGAUGACAGAAAAUGAUGUGGCGGAGCCGGUCCAUGAUCCUAUGGAGUUUUCGUCUGCUGAUCGCUGA